AUGUCCCGCUCCAGUACCCCAAGCUCGGGCUUCCAGUUCCGCCGUCCGAAUCUCGCGGCCAUCUCCACCGCGGCGGGCGGUAGCACGAGCUCUACCUCGGCUCAGGCUCAGGCGCAAGCUCAAGCGGGGCAGGGAAGGUCCAAUACGACGCAAGGGCUGGGCCAGGGGCGGACGACGAUUAGCCUGGAGGAGUGGGAAGCGAGGGCGCCGCUGAACGAUGAGGAGGUGAAGAUGGUUAGGGAGGUCGGGGAGAAGCUGAAGGAGCGGCCUAUGCCGGAGAAGCAGUUCCGCGCGCAAGCCGAAGCUGGCCCCUCCCGGCCCUCCACUCCACUCCCCCUCCGCCGCCUCGCCCAUCCGCCUCGCGCAUCCACACCCCUCAGCACACCUCUUCACACAUCAACUACGCAGAUUACAGAUCCUCUCCGCCCCGAGAUCAUAACCACGGCCCAAGAGUUCCAAGAUCAUUUCCACGCACUCACCUUAUCGACCGAACACGAGCAGGACAGUCUGUAUCGGGAUCAGCUGGGGGAGAUCUCGGGUCUGAGGGAGAAGUGCGAGGAGCUGCUGGGGAUUCUGGAAGGGGCGGGUGAAGGGGUGGGGGAGAUGAUGCGGGCGUUGGAGUACGUGGAGGAGAGGAGUGAGAGUUUAAGGGGGGCGUGCGAGGACCUGUUGGAAGAGCAGACCCACCUCCUCACGCACACCUCCCAGCUCUCACACAGGCUCACCUUCUUUACAUUCCUCGAAACGGCCCAGCGGAUCCUCAAUAACCCCUCGCCCACCCUGGUUCUGUCCGAGGACUUCCUACCGAUGCUGAAGAGGCUAGACGAGUGUAUCGGGUACCUCAGCGAGCAUCGCGACUUCAAAGACGCCGAACUCUACCUGAUCCGAUACCAACAGUGCAUGACGCGCUCAAUGACACUGAUCAAGAUAUACUUUGUCAGCAGUGUUCGGUCGACCGGACAAGAAGUCGGGAAGAAGCUAUAUGACAAGUCAUUAUCAGAAACAGCUACCCAAGCUCUCCUCUUCCCCAAAUUCUCUUCUCUCGCCUCAUCGCUCCGACCGCUCAUCCACGAGCUAGAAACCCGCGCCUCGAGGUCGAAUGACGAGCUCGCGCCAUUAUUGGCAGAAUGCCAUUCUGCCUGGAUAGGGACGAGGCAGGGGCUGAUGGGGCCCAGAGUGGCAGAGGAGGUGGGCAGGCUCGAUCCUGAGAAAGGGGAGUUGGUGGACUUGACAAGAGCUGGGUGUGGGUACCUGAAGCAAAUGUGUUUGGAGGAGUUCAACCUGUUCAAGUCCUUCUUCCUUUCCGGCGAAGCGCAACUAUACUCAUACCUCGAAUCCCUUUGCGAUGCGCUCUACGACCACCUCCGUCCUCGUAUCCUCCACGAGCCCGCCCUCGAAAUCCUCUGUGGCGUCUGCACCGUCCUCCAAGCGCUCAUGGUGGCCGAUAUCGACCCUAACGCGGAGGAUGACGAUACGGCCACUGCGACGGGCACAGCGAUCUACACGCCUCACUCUUCGUACUCUCCUUCGCCUGGCCCGAAUGGCCCCGGCGCGUCUGACGACUACUUUUCCGUCCCUCCCCCUCGCCGCCCGGGGCCUCAGCGGAGGGAGGACGAAACGGACGAGAUGGAGUAUGUGGACGAUACGCCGAGUCGAUCACAUCGGACUCGGCGGCAUAAACCCUUGGCUCGGCUACAUACGGAGGUACUGUUGAGGAUGGUGCUCCAGGAUGCGCAAACGCGGCUUGUGUUCCGGGCGCAGGCGAUGCUCGUUAGUGAGGUGGAGUACUAUGUGGUCAAGGAGGGGGAUCUGGAUUAUCCCGAGAAGCUCGGAAAGGGUGAGAAGUCCCUCGUUCAGCGAAACGAAGACGCUGUUUCGCUAGAUGAUGAGGACGAGCCCGCGUUCCUCGCUUUGCCGAAUGAAGAAGCGCAGGAGGGGUGGUAUCCGACCUUGAGGGUGACACUUUGGGUGCUGAGCUGUCUAUGGCGAUACGUCGAUCAAGCGGUCUUUGAGGAUCUCGCACAAGAAGCGAUUCUGACAUGUCGUCGAUCCCUCUCCGCCGCGUCGGACGUUCUGGGGAACAAGAAGGAUAAGAGCGUAGAUGGACGGUUGUUCCUCGUUCGACACCUGUUGAUUCUGAAGGAGAUGACGGCGGGUCUGGAUCUGGGGAGGAGGGUGGGUAGGAAAGAGUGGGGUGGGAUAACGGACUUUCUGAGGUCAUUGUUGGAGGGCGCGGGGGUGAUGCUUGGAUAUGGGAAGAGCAGUGGGCGGGCGAAUGAGCCUAUAAGCGAUGCCAAGUCUGACAUUGACCGAGAGCUCAAAAAGGCGUGCGAAGAGCUUAUCGCCCAUUGUGCGCGAAGCUCUACUGUUCCCCUCCGGACGUUUCUGAAUCAGUGUACGACGUACCUUCACACCCCACCGCCGUCCUCGUCAGACCUCUCCCAACAGCCCUUCGCGACCCCGUCGAAAGUCACGGAAGCGCACGAUACGUUCAAAUCGGAAGUCCGGGGGAAGAUGGAUGAGUGGGUAGGCGGGUUGAGGCGAUAUUUGGGGGAUGAAGCGACGGUGGCUGUUCUUGUUCCGCCAGCGGAGAACGCGAUCGUGGAUGUCUAUCGACAAUUCCAUGAUCUCGUCAGAGCCGAAUACGACUUUUCGACCGCUGCGGGGUUGAUGACGCCCUCGGCUGUGUCGACCUUGUUGGCAGGUGCAAGAUAG